ACUGGCCGCGGAGCAUCGCCGGAGGUAGGGCUCGCUGGCCGGAGCCGCUCUUCCGCUCCGCGCCGCACCAUGCCCCGCCGCCGGCUCUCCGACUGCCGCUGGCCCUAAGCGCGGAAUACUGGCGGCGGCUCCGCUCCGCUCGGCUCCGGCCCGGACGCGAUCGUGCGCGGCGACCAAAUAUUUCUCUGAACUUUAAUCUUCAAGAUGAAGAUCCUGCUAGCGAUCUUCUUCUUUGUCUCAUUCUCCUUAUGGGUGGAAGAAGUCUAUUCCAAAGAGAAGUCGUCAAAGAAAGGAAAGGGAAAAAAGAAGCAAUACCUCUGUCCAUCCCAGCAAUCAGCUGAAGACCUUGCAAGAGUACCUGCUAAUUCUACCAGCAACAUCUUGAAUAGGCUAUUACUCAGCUAUGAUCCCAGGAUAAGACCUAAUUUCAAAGGGAUUCCAGUCGAUGUGGCAGUCAAUAUCUUCAUUAACAGCUUUGGGUCAAUUCAAGAGACAACUAUGGAUUACAGAGUAAACAUCUUUCUAAGACAGAAGUGGAAUGACCCCAGACUCAAACUGCCCAACGACUGGAGGGGUUCAGACACUCUGACAGUGGACCCAACAAUGUUUAAAUGUCUUUGGAAGCCGGACUUGUUCUUUGCAAAUGAAAAAAAUGCUAACUUCCAUGAUGUCACUCAAGAAAAUAUCCUUCUUUUUAUAUUUCGAGAUGGAGAUGUCCUAGUCAGCAUGAGAUUGUCCAUUACUCUGUCGUGCCCUUUGGACUUGACCUUAUUUCCUAUGGAUACACAGCGCUGCAAGAUGCAAUUGGAAAGCUUUGGUUACACAACUGAUGACUUACGCUUUAUCUGGCAAUCUGGAGAUCCAGUACAGUUAGAGAAAAUUGCUCUGCCUCAGUUUGAUAUUAAAAAGGAGGAUAUUGAAUAUGGUAACUGUACCAAGUAUUACAAAGGCACAGGUUAUUACACUUGUGUAGAAGUAAUCUUCACUUUAAGAAGACAAGUUGGAUUUUACAUGAUGGGUGUUUAUGCUCCUACACUGCUAAUUGUUGUUCUGUCCUGGCUAUCAUUUUGGAUCAAUCCUGAUGCAAGUGCUGCAAGAGUCCCACUGGGUAUUUUCUCAGUGCUCAGCUUGGCAUCUGAAUGUACUACUCUUGCUGCUGAACUUCCCAAAGUGUCUUAUGUGAAGGCCUUAGAUGUAUGGCUGAUUGUUUGCCUUCUCUUUGGGUUUGCAUCAUUGGUGGAGUAUGCAGUGGUUCAGGUAAUGCUAAACAACCCAAAGAGAAUUGAAGCCGAAAAAGCCAAGAUUGCCAAGGCAGAACAAGUUGAAGGAAAGGGUGGAAACACUGCCAAAAAGAACACUGUGAAUGGCACAGGGACUCCUGUCCACAUCAGCACUUUACAGGUUGGUGAGACCAGAUGCAAAAAAGUUUGCACUUCGAAAUCUGAUCUGAGAUCCAACGAUUUCAGCAUUGUUGGAAGCUUGCCAAGAGAUUUUGAAUUAUCAAAUUAUGACUGUUAUGGGAAGCCCAUUGAAGUCAACAAUGGGCUCGGAAAGUCUCAAGCCAAGAGCAACAAGAAGCCUCCUCCUCCCAAGCCUGUCAUUCCAUCAGCAGCAAAGAGAAUUGAUCUUUAUGCAAGAGCACUGUUUCCUUUUUGCUUCUUGUUCUUCAACGUCAUAUAUUGGUCCAUAUAUUUAUGAUAAAUCUUUUAUUUAUUUUUACAUCUGUAAAAUAUAUCCCAUUUCAUAUCCCUUCCCUGUCAUGAAGGCCAAUGUGUGAAAUUAUUUGCGUUUGCAAAGGAAUAUGUUGCAUUUUGAUGCCAUGCGAUUGUACUGAAAAUAUGGCAUCUGAAAUUUGAAUGAAAGCAUGACACUGCAAUGUCUGUGCUUCUACCAAUGUUGUAUAUAAAUGUACAGCAUACAUCUUGCUUUAGGAAUAUAUAAAAGAUGACGCAUACUACAUUAUAAAGCUGAAUAACUCCCUUUGGUUAUUAGUAACAUACAGAGAUUUAAAGUGUUUCUGAUAAUGAAACUGAUGUGCACGUUGAGUAUUAUAAAAUCAGUAUUCUAGUAUAUGUAGUAUUUAAAAGCUUUUCUGCUGACUUUCUGAGAAAAAAAACACAUCUUGUUCUUGUAUAAUUUUAGAUGGCACUGCUGAAGAAAAAGCUAAGUUGUGAAUCCUAUUAUUUAGACAUUGUAAGUGAAGGCAGGAUUGAAUGAGCUGAUCUUGUCUAUAUGGAAAAAUGAAGAUCAGAGAAUUGCUGAUUUUGUAAUCAAAAUCAGCAAUUUUGUAAAACUUAGGAAAAAAUAACAAUUGUAUCCAUCAAGCAAGCACACUUCAAAAAUGUGUUAGAAUAUGCUGACUAUUAAGCAUUGUGCCCAAUUUUGACUGUUGUUUCCUUAGGCACAAGCUAGAUAUGUCAAACAGUCUGCUUUCUAGACUGAAGGUAUCAGGAGUUUUGGAGAAACACCACAAGGUGUUGUUCAUUAUCUGUUUAUAUUAUACAUUUUUACAUUAGUCUAUUCUCUGUCUCAUCUUCUCUACUGUCUUGCAAGCCUACAGUGAAAAGUCACAGUUAAUUUUUUUUGUUGAAUCUGAUAUGUCUUACUUAUUUUGCUUUGUUUAUCUUCUUGAAAGCCUGUAGUUCAAAGAAGCUAUUUGUUUUCAUGAUGAAAUCCCUUUUUAACUCUAGUCAUACAAUUUCUGUUUGACUUCUGUAGUACAGAUGAUCAGAGCUAACAUCUAGCUAGCUAGAAGUCUAAGGAUCUAAGUCUAUUAAAUACACCAUGAUUUCUUAUGCCUAUGUGUUAAUUGAUGGCUGCCCUCCCCAACUGAUUUAUUUGGCUGCUACUUGUUGGAAAGUAAGAUCCUGUGCAUGAAAUAGUUUGAUUAGGGACUGUUCUCCAUUUUUUUUUUCCAGAGAAAACCAGAAAAAUGGAUUCCCCAGGGUGCAUAGGGCAGGAAUCAAUACCUAUGGUCUCCAUUGGUGCCACGGUACACUACUCUGUAAGGGCAAGUAAUGAGGUAAAACACAUUCAAAUGAAAGCUUCUUGUAUGUACGUAGUCCAAGUAAUGUGUUUCCUGAGAGCGCACAGAGACUACAUCUUCGGCCCUUGCCAACAUACUGUAGAGAAACAUGUUUCCACUUCUAAAACUGGGGCAUAAAAUGUAGUUAAAAUAUUGAAAUAAGACAGUUCUUGAUAGGUUGGCAAAUCAUUAAAGGGAAUACAGAUUAUUGGAAGGGACUGAAUUAAAUAUGCAAAAUAUUCCAUCAGGUAAAAAACAGAUAAAUUCACAUUUGUCAUGCUGCAGUUCUGUUAUAGAAAGUGUUGAGCCAGUGCAAAACAAAGGACUCUCCUAUCAUUCUCAUGUUGCUCCCUGCCACGUGAACAUUGUGCACAUAUGACGAGCCUGUGUAACCAGAAGAUUGAAAGUGGAAAUAUAAAAGGAGGGAAUUCGGUCACACUGGCUUCACUGGGCACCUGAUGGAUCUGUUAACCAUGGUUUUCUAGCCACUGCCACUUCAUGAUCAACAGCCCAGUACUGGUUUUAGGUGGAACCCAUGCAAAGGCUGUAUUUCAUGCUACUGCCACCUAAAAAGGAUGGUUGGCCUUCCAUCUUGGAAGUUAUUGUUGAUUACUGGCCUACCAUCUUUCUGUGAUACAUACUGCUACAGAUGUCUUUCAUUCCUGAGUCUGAAAUUUGCAACUCAUGUUUGGGCAGAAGAGGUCUUUUGUUCACAACAGGGUUGCAUAUUUUCAGUCAGCCUCCUUGCCAUUUUCUCCUGGAGAUUUUCUUUACUAGGCAGCUAGAGAUUGUCCUUUGGAUUUCUUUCCGCUAAAGAGGAAAUGGAAAGGAAGUAAGAAAUGUUAUGGAAGAGAAAUCAUGGAUUCCCCAGUACUGAGCUGGGGGAAAAUCUGUUUUCAUUAAAGUCUAGUACAAAGCUUCAGAGUGUCCAUGGAAAGUAUUGACAGAAUCGCUAGGAACUUUAAGAAGUAAUAAGGAUAACUCAAAGAGAGAGAGGAAGGGAGGGAUAACUUUUAUACAUCCAUCAGAGUGCUAUAUUUAUAGACAUCAUUUGUUCUCAUACUUGUAUUUUUUCUUACAGCAUUGGAAGGCAGGAAAACAAUUAUAUGUAUUGGAAAUUAUAUGACGUUUGGAAGAUAAUUUUCUUGUUAGAAAUGUUAUUAAAUGAUUCAUCUGUAAUUAAUGUCCACAUUUUAUCUGUAUAAUCACAAUUACAGAUUUUAUUGUUAAAUUAA